CACCGCGCAUCGCGGAGUUCUCAGCACUCGUUGACGUGUGCGCGACGCGAUAUCUUUUUAUCCUCGUGUCCGACCACCGCUACGCCGUAUUACGCGCCAAUAGCGAGCCGACAGUCUUUUAUAUUGUUCAGGGAGCGACGCUGCGAGUGACCACUUCUCUUCGGGCCGCGAAUAUCUCUACGACGUGCGGACGACGUUACACGGGAUCUCCGACCCGCGGGUUUAAUGUGUAACAACAAGGCGACGCGAGAUGAGGCUCACACGGACUUGUCUGAGCAACAUCGGCAAGAUGUUGGACUUUUACUCCCAAUUCAAUCCCUCGCCGCUCUCGAUAAAACAAUUCAUCGAUUUCGGUCUAAGUGCCUGCGAAAGGAAGUCUUUCAUAUUCCUGCGAAAAGAAUUGCCGGUGCGGCUUGCUAAUAUUAUGAAAGAGAUACACUUGCUGCCGGACAAUCUGCUGAGGAUGCCUAGUGUGGGUAUUGUGAAUAACUUAUAUGUCACUUCUUUCGAGGAAAUAAUACACUUCGAGAAGUCUGAUGUCAACGAUACCACUUUAGACAAAUUCUGCCAGGCUUUGAUAAAGAUCCGGAACAGACACACCGACGUUGUUCAAACGAUGGCGCAAGGCGUUUUGGAACUGAAGGAGUCCUAUGACGUGGACGUUCAGACUGAAAACAGCAUACAGUAUUUCCUAGACAGAUUUUUAAUGUCCCGCAUUUCCAUUCGUAUGCUGAUCAAUCAGCACACGCUCCUUUUUGGUGGACAGUUGAACGGGCACAGUAGACAUGUAGGAUGUAUAGAUCCGUCCUGUGACGUGAUCGGCGUCAUUAAGGACGCUUACGAAAACGCACGCUUUUUGUGCGAUCGAUAUUAUCUGGCUAGUCCGGAAUUGAUAGUCAAGCAACAUAAUGAGCUUGAACAUAAUAGUGAAAUUAGAAUCAUUUAUGUGCCGAGUCACAUGUAUCAUAUGUUAUUCGAGCUCUUCAAGAACAGCAUGCGAGCCGUUAUGGAGCAUAUUGGAUCGGACUCCAACAAUUAUCCGCCACUCGAAGUUCUGUUGGUGCGUGGUAAAGAGGAUAUUUGUAUCAAGAUAUCCGACAGGGGUGGCGGCAUUCCUCGUUCACAAACGGACCAUUUAUUUAAGUAUAUGUACAGCACCGCUCCGCAGCCGAGUAAAUCGGAUGAUGCUCACACGGUACCACUUGCGGGAUACGGUUACGGUUUGCCAUUAUCUCGGCUCUACGCCAGGUAUCUGCACGGUGAUAUCGUGCUGCUUAGUUGUGAGGGUUACGGAACAGACGCUAUUAUCUAUUUGAAGGCAUUAUCCACAGAGGCAAACGAGUUGUUGCCAAUAUUUAACAAGACUUCGUCCAAGUUUUACCGCAUGCCGAUACCUAUUGCGGAUUGGAGCAGCCAAUGCGGUGGUGGGAUGGCGACGAGGCAACUUAGUAUGAGUCAUACUCAGGGUCACAGACUCCCCCAUGGGAUGGAAAUCAGUCAUUUAUAGCAGAAUGCUAUUGAUCAGGAAACAAUUGGGGAGCUCAGAAAGAUUUUUGAUUGCAAGUCGCAAAGAAUGUUUUAAUGGGAAAGCUAGAUCUGCAUUUGAAGUUAGGACGAAUCUGUGAAGAACUAUUCUUUUUCAAAUAUGAGAAACAACUAUAGUUAUUAGACAGAUGAAAUACUACAUUGGCCAGAAAAUUAAUAUUGAUAAUCUUCCUUGUGCCGCAGUUGCAUUACAUAUCAAAGAAAUUUGAUUACACACAGAUUUGACAAUUGGUUUUUUUUCAACACCUUUUCUCACAUAAGCGUAGAUUAUUUACUACGCAUUUUUAGCGAGAUUUUCACAGGGUUGAUUCAAACCGAAUAAAAGGAAAAAAAAUCUUUUGA